UGAUUUUCUAUAAUCUAUGCUAUUAUGGCGACUUCGAUAGAUCGCGUUGCGCGGUAUUGCGUGAUACGAUUGUUGUCUUUCGUUAUAAUAUGGCAAAAGGUGAUAAAGAAUUAGAAAAGCCAAUAGUGAAUAAUGAACUACCUAACCCGGAGUGCCGGAGUACGGACCAUGAAGACUCGGAAUCAAUACCGGAGCAGCCUCUCGAUAUCGGAGAGCAUUAUUUGGUGCGGCGUUCGGAUGAGUCAUGGCACCCGGCUGAGAUUAUACAGACGCGGUACAAUGCGUCGGAGGGCUGCUACGAGUAUUAUGUGCACUAUGUCGGCUACGAUAGAAGACUCGAUGAGUGGGUGUCCCGCCACAGGGUUAUGUCAGAUAGAUUCGACAUGUGCGAACAGUCGAACAACAACAUAAACUGUGAUCACCUGCUCACCGACAAGUCCGGCCGGAAAAUAACAAGGAACCAGAAACGUAAACACGAUGAAAUCAAUCAUGUACAGAAGUCUUACGCGGAGAUGGACCCGACGACAGCAGCCCUCGAAAAAGAACAUGAAGCUAUCACAAAAGUUAAAUACAUCGACAGAAUUCAGUUUGGGAAAUACGAGAUAGACACUUGGUACUUCAGCCCCUACCCCGACGAAUACGGCAAACAAUCAAAGCUUUGGAUAUGCGAGUACUGUCUCAAAUACAUGAGAAUGGAAAAAACUUACAGAUAUCAUCUAAGUGAGUGUACAGCGCGCCAACCGCAGGGCAGUGAGAUAUACAGGAAAGGAACAAUAGCUAUAUUCGAAGCAGAUGGAAAGGAACAUAAAAUUUACUGUCAAAACUUGUGUCUACUGGCAAAGUUGUUUCUAGACCACAAAACUUUAUACUUUGAUAUUGAACAGUUUUUGUUUUACAUAUUGUGUGAAGUUGAUAAACAGGGAGCACAUUUAGUUGGCUAUUUUUCUAAAGAAAAGGAUUCCCCUGAAGGCAAUAAUGUUGCAUGUAUAUUGACUCUACCUCCGUAUCAGAGACAAGGCUAUGGUAAGCUGCUAAUUGCAUUCAGUUAUGAGUUAUCACGUUUAGAACAUGUUGUGGGCAGUCCAGAAAAACCCUUAUCAGACUUAGGAAAGUUAAGUUAUAGAUCUUACUGGUCCUACAUCUUAUUAGAAGUUUUGAGUGUUAGCCGAGGCACUCUAAGUAUCAAAGAUCUGAGUUCUAUGACAGGUAUAUCACAAACAGACAUUAUAUCCACACUGCAGUCUAUGAACAUGGUGAAAUAUUGGAAAGGUCAGCAUGUCAUAUGUGUUACACCUAAGAUUGUGGCAGAACAGUUGUCUAGCUCACACUUCAAAAAGCCACGCUUGGCGGUAGAUCCAGCUGCGUUAAGAUGGACACCACCAAACAAACAAGGCCACUCUGCAAAAGCUAAAAAGUAGUACAGGCUAACAGGCACAGCUUAGAGAAUAACUUAUUAGUCACAACCAAGGCAUUCUCUAAGCGCUGGCCUGUUCUAAAUACAAAAAGUAAAAAUUAGUUUACUGUGUAAUGUUUGAUGCCAGCGUAACUUUAAUAUCAGCUUGAGUAAGCAGGCCGGGGUGGUUCAAAGUGCCUUUCGAGCAUAUAUAGGGUGUGGAACCUGUCCAAAAAUGUUAUAGAAAUUAUUUCAAUUAUUCACAACCUGUAUAUUACUCUGAUAUACUCUAAAGUGUAGCUUCUUGAUAAAUAAUAUUACAAAUGUGAAACGGUAGCUUGAAGUUAUGAAAAUUAUUACUCAAUUUUGAUGUUAAAGUUUCGUCUUGGGCCUAAUGCAGUGUACAGAUCAUUGCUAGAGUAUUAUAGGUAAGUUACAAAUCAUUUUUGCUUUAAGUAAAGUCAAAUGUUCUGUGGCAUUUGUUGUUAAAGAAGAGAUAGAUUUAAAAUUUGCUCUAAUAAAACCAGUGAAGGAAAACAAAGCAUUUGGAAUACACAGUAGAAUAGGCAUUGAAUAAAAAUAAAGAAAAAAAAACAUUUUUAAACAAAACUAUGUGUGAAAAUGAGAAAAAAAAUUGAUUGCAAGAAUUGAAAAUGUUUUUGAAAUCAUUUUAGUUUGACUCUUAAAUGAUAAUGUAGGUACUUGACACUUAAAUGGGUCUUGUAUAUGACCAAACAGCAUAAAUGUGUUUAAUUAAAUAGUUAGCUCUUAUUUUGUCACUGACCUUUUCGUUAAUCUAUCCACUUUAUUGCAUAUAUUACCAUAAUAGUAUAAAAAUGCUGCAGGAAAGGUCCUAUUCUUGCCACUUGUAUUUUUUCAUCUUCGGCAAUGGUGUUUUUGAUGGCAACUCUAAGCAAGAUCUAUGUAAGUCACAAAAUUCAAUACUAAUAUUUAGAGUUGCCGAGAAUAACUAAAACGUAAAUGGUUUAAAGAGUAGGAUUCAAAUGUUUUAUCAACAAAGUGACUCACAAUAACCCGUGUUAUGCUCUAUAUUUUAUCAUUAACAACAUUGUAAUGGGCUGGUAUUGUUGAAAUGCUUAUUUAUAAUUUAGCAUGAUUUUAUCUAAUUUACACGAAUUGAGAUAUGUAAAAUCCAUUCUAUUCAUUAUUACCACCCAAAACUUUUACUACAAAACGAGAUCUGUAUUCUACAAUAUAUUUAGUUCCUUUUUUAUACUGGUAACAGUGAUACUAAUGAUUAAGUUAAUUAAGUUUUUGCAGUGAUGAGUGAAACUGUCUGACAGUACGAGUGUUUGUUUUAGCUAUAAGAUUAUAAUUUCGACUUUUUAAUUGUACUUUUGUAUCACUGUGUUACAAAAACUUAGAAUAUUUGUAAGUCUUAGCGUACCUAGUGUAUUGAUAGGGCACUAGCAAUAUUGUGCACUAUUUUCUAGUACAAAUUGCCUCGGAACAUCUCUAAAUCAAAAUUAUGGGAUAAUUAAGUAACAUUAAGGUAUUCAAUACUUUUAAAGAAGUAUUGAUAGUGUUAUAAAAUCAUUGUUGUUGACCAUUUUAGACCUAAUCUGGACUAAAUUGCAAACUAUUGAAUGUAAAUAGGAUUCGUCGGCCCCUUAAAUUUUCUAAUUGUACCAUGAUAUAGGUACAGAUGAGCAUUCGUAAAAGGAUUGUUUGAUCUUCGAUGUACCCCCAUUGUUAGUAUAAUCACUCAACGUGGAUGCCGCGUAUAGCAUGUUCGCUGCGAAUUCACAUAGAAGUCGCUAGACUAGUAAAAAAUAUUCCAUUGCCGUCGCAAAUGCUGACGCAGAUCUAAAAACACUCAUCGCCAGUGUUUCGUAUUUCUUACUCUAGAAUAUUAUCUUAUUGAAAAACUACCGGUUCUGCUCACGCGAACACGACUUCCGCUAUCAACGUUAAGUGUCCUCUACCAUAGUUUUGUUCGUAGAUUUUUAGAUCUCAUUUCAUUUUUGUAUUUUUGCUUCUUAUUUCUUGUCGAGGUACCUACUGUUUAAGUAAUAAAUUAAUCAUUCUGGACCUGACAUUAAAGAGAAUUUGUAUGUCAAUAAUCGCUUAAUUAUGUAAUUUUUUAAUUAUAGUUUAACCCAAAUUGAAUACGGAAAUGUAGAUUUUUAAGAGUUAAUUUAAUAAUAUCUUUAGAUUAUUAUUGUACGAUAUAUAAUUUAUCCCAGUGGAACGAAUGGUUCGUAACACGAUGGUAAUUCCGCCCUCAUUAUGAAAAGUUGAAUGACUUGCGCGGUGAGGUGGGCGUUUUUCAACAUUACGACAUAAUCAUCUUCAUCUUUAAUGAGGCAACCACUAAAAAUAUUGUGAAAUAUUGUUUAUAUAAUUGUAAUCGUACUGAACAAUGUCCAUGUUCAGUAUUCUUAUUAUUGUUCAAGUCUUAUUGCAAAAGCGCCAUACGAUAAUAAUAAUAAUGUCCAUGAUAUUAUUUUAGGUUAAGAAUUAAAAUUAAUGUUAUUUUGCAAUGUAAGCAUCUUUAGUUAUAACGAUUUGCCACUUUUUGUUGUGUCAAGUUGCUUUAAAAAUAAAAGAUCUACCCAUUGCCGUUUUUUAUUAGAUUCUGUGAAUCAUCAGUAUUUUUCACUGUUUAUUUGUGAUAAUUAUAAUAGUAAGUAAAAGUGUCAAAUAAAAUGAAUGCAGAACGCA